AUGUUGACAACAGCCGGUGCCUACUCCAAAGGUGCUCUUGAGCUCUUUCAGGCAAACCUCUGUGGACGCUCACCUCGUGGUUUUGGCUUACAAUGCCAGCGUAUUGGUGCACAGAUUAUUGACAAAUUUCACAUUGAUAAUGUCCUUCCAGUUGUCGCCUGGCUGAAGCAAAGUGGAUACAGUGGGCCUGUCUCAGCUGGGACUGAACAGGCAGUGUGUGUAAAGGCUCUUCGUUACAAUGAAGGCUGUUUGGUAGGUGUGGAAGGUGGUGAUGUCAAAGUUGUUGAUCUUGAACACCUGAAAACUUUGAUCAAAGAUGCAGUUGAAGGAGAUUGUCUGUGCAAGAAGAUUCGCGCAUACACAAUACAAGUUCCACUGCCAAACAUCCCUACCUUUGUAGUUGCUUUGAUUUCUAGCCGCGAGGACGAGUCUGCUGAAGACAUCAAGGCUCAACACCUCAAGUUCAUACAUUUACUUGAAUCAGCUGAAAUUCCGCUUAUUUCUUUGGGAUCUGAUGGUGCUGCAUCUGAAGUACUUGCACAAGAGCUACUGGUUAACGCAGCCACCAAUUAUUUGGACUUCUCAGCUCCUGAACUCAAAGUCAAUGUACGUUUUCCACUUCUAGGAGCCUCCAAACAACCAGUUGUAGCAGUACAGGAUCCUAAGCAUGCUCGGAAGACAGCUUCAAACCAACUGCUUUCUGGGCCGUGUUUGUUAGCUUUUGGACAAUUCAACAUCAACCUUGACCAGCUGCUUAUCUUACUCAAAACCAAAAAUUGCCCACUUGGCUACAAAGAUAUAUUGAAUACAGACAAACAAGAUGAUGGACAUGCUUACCAAACAUUCAGCAAGCAAACUUUCAAGGCGGCUUGUUCAGAUCCAGAAUGUGUUGGCCUAGUCUUGUACCUAUACAUCUUUGGCAAGCUUGUUGAUUCUUGGUUGAAUCAGCGCAUGCCACAUCAAGACAGGAUCAUUUCAAGCUACACAGUGGUCUUCUUUGUUUGCAAGUGGAAAGUGUAUCUACCUAAACGUCAGAAGGAGCCUGGAAGCUUAAUGAACUUAUCCUCAAACUGUAUCUCACAUCACAGCAUUUGUAUAUUUGAACAGCUUGGUGAGAGUCUGUUAGGACUCAUCAUUGCUCAUCGCAAACGAUACCCUAACCACCCACUGAUGCCUUGGAAUCAUGGAACCGAGUGUUGUGAGCAAAUCUUUGGGUGGAUGCGGGUGCUUUUACCAACUUUCACUGUAUUAGAUGCAAGGCAGGUGAAGCCAAAGAUAUUUGCUGUUAUAAAGUGCAUCAUGAGUGGGUAUAUCACAUUGCCCACAAAUGAGAACUUGCAUUCAGGCAAGUAUCUCAACAUAAUUCCGAUUAUAUUUGCUAUGAAGCUAAUCAGUGAUUUAAUAGGUUACCAAUACAAUUUCUCACGCAACAAUAUACAUGACUAUACCUUGAUUCUCAGCCAGUAUCCCAGCAACAAUGAGAUACAUCAACUUCUUAAGGUUGCAGAAUCUUGGGCACAAGAACUAGCAAUGUUUGCUGGAAUUACCACAAACAAUAUGGAAGCACCAGUAGAUGACAACGUAUGCGAACAGGCCUUCGGAGAAGAUCAAAAUGAUGUAUUGGUAUCAAUACACAAGCGAUCUUGCUUGACUUAUCCUCUUGAGUCAGAAACAAUCAAUGUUGAACAAGCAUUAGAAACAGCAGCUGGAUUGACAAGCCAGCAUCAAGAAGCCGAUGUACUGAUGUCCCGGAUAACAGAAAGUCAUGAAGAUCAAGUGCUCAAAGAUUUAGUGAACAAUGUGAUGCUACAGAUUGGUAAGAGUCAGCUAUUGGAAGUAAACAUCGCCUCUUCAACCGCGCCAAAAUCUUUGGUGAACACCAAUGGGACUUUGAACACAGAUAGCAUGACUUCUGACAGAAAGCUACAUGAUAGUCAAGUUCAAACCCAUCAUGGGCCAGAGAGACCACGUGUUGCAUCAAAAGACUUACCUGUGCCUCAGUACAAUCCAGACACCAGCCACGAAGUCAUGUCACCAAGUCAGUAUAGCAAAGCUGUCUCCUUCUAUUGGCAAUCACAGAAGGACCCAGAAUAUGGUGAAGCCCGGAAGAACUGUUGGAUAACUCAUGGAAAACGCAAGUUCCAUGAUCCUACAGACACGCAAGACAAUACAACAGUCACAGAGCCAGAAGUUUCAGGAACGCAAGCCAGAAAUUCACAAGGCGUAGAUUCCAUUGGAAUAGAAUACCAAUAUCAACAAGGUGGAACAGGUGAAAUUACAGCCAAAACUCCGCUCACCAAAGAUAAAUGGGUUGUGGUGGUAAAGCAAGAUCAUAACACAGGAAAGCAUGCAUGGGUUCAAGAAGCUCAGUCUCCCACAAAGCUCUCCUAUGUCUCAUUAGAAAUAUAUUGUUACAGCCCUGGACAAACAAUGAUCCAAGCAGCACAUCAGAAAGAUCUACCAAACAAAUACACCUUUAGUCAUCUUCCGGCAAAAUACAUUGAUUACCUUUUCUCGCCCGAAGGUGAUGAUUCAGGCUUUGUCAUGCUUGGAACUGGGCAAUAUCAAGUACCAGAAGUCUUUGUUGAAUUGAUAGCCACUCUCCCCGCGUGGCAAAGACCCUUUUUGCCUAAAACUGUCAAAAAAUCAGGUCAAAGACGAGUGAGGAAGGCUGUGGAGAAGUAA